CACCAUCGUAAUCCAAAUCGAUAAUGAAACGAAAUCGUAAACUUUUGCAACCUGGAUGAUAUUGUUGGCCAUGAAUGAAAGGUGGGCCAGGGAUGCGUGUUAGAACGACAACACGACACAUUAUCGAGCGACCUGGUGACCUCUCACACCGAGGAAUUGAUUAUUUUAGGGGAGUCACCCUGAAGAGUCGAGAAUAGCGAGGUAGUUCGUCAUGGAGACUCGUUCAGGUAGCAUAAAGGAUCCGAUUUAUUAUCCAUCUGGUUCGGAGAACUUGGAUGCAAGUAACGAUGUCGAAUCAAGCGCUCGUAGUUCUGGUGGUAGUCAAGAACUUGGUUUGGAUGAGAGCGCCUCGCUUAAAGUACCAAGAAAGUUUAUUACAAAUUGGCGGCAAGCUUGCGAUCGGACUCGAGAUAGAACAAAAGAUUUGUUGAAGAGAUGGAGAACGGUACCUAGUAAUACCGACGAAUUCACUGGAACUUCUACGGUUACCAAAGAGAUCGAACAUCCUGGCUGGAGCGUACAUGUUUGGACAACUUGGGUGAGUCGUUAUCCGAGCGACGAUAGUUUAACAGCGAUCGAAGAUUUUAACAAAAGUGGACUUUCGAAAGCUUUGGCGCCUAUACAACGUGACAAACUUUCACAUUUCUUUAUAUUAUUGGAUCACGACAAGGAUGGUUUUAUAACUAGAAAGGAUUUCGCGAUAUUAUCCGAGAGAUUACGAAGAUUCGCCGAUUGGUCUUGGAACGGUCCGGAAUAUUUACGUUUGUUGGAAAUCGAAAAAGGGUUUGCUUCAUUGAUAUUUCCUGAAAAGAAAAACGAGUUGGAAGAACAGACGAGGAAAAUUGAUCUGGACGAUUGGUUAUCUUGGUGGACAAAGAUAAUAGCACCGAUUAACGGAACGAAUUACAACGAAUUACCGUUUUGGAUUAAAAUGAUUCCUAGAAUAUUUUUUCUUUCUAUUAAUAGUACAGGAAAUGGAAAGAUCAGCAAGGACGAAAUCAGUAAUUUUUAUAGUUCGGUCGUUGGUCUUGAUUCGGAUAGAAUUGGAAAGUGUCUUGAUAUUGCCUAUAACUCCAUGACAUCUAACGGAGAUCAUCCUCUUGGUUGGCCGCAGUAUCAAUUAGUUUUUGCAAAUUUUUUAUUUGGACGCGGUCCUUUCGGACCAGGUGAACAUUUUCUUGGAAUGACAGACUCUUGUAUCGCACGUGGGAACAGUAUUCCUUUUCCAAUUGAUUAUUCGGCUAUGAAUACUCCGAAAGAUAAGUUGGAAGUUUAUAGUCCACAUUGCAAAAGUAGUAGACGAAGUGUCGUAGUAUAAGAUAUAGUAUAAGAUAUAUACAUAUAUAUAUGAAUCCAAUUAUUAACGUGUUAAUUAUAAACUCGUUAACUUUGUUCGUUUAUAAAUGCUACGAAUUUGUCUUUUUAUUUAAUACUCGUUCGAGUUAUCUACGGCUUUUAUAUAGACCAAAGUUAUUUAGUUUAUAGCUCGUUUAUCUGUAUUAUAAUUGUUAUAUUUUAAGAUUAUGUUAUAAAUAAAUAAAUAUAUAUAUA